UUUUUUUUUUGGAGUCGUGUCUCUAUCAUCUGUUUUCCCUCCUUGCUGUGUAGCCCAGGUAAACCUUCAACUUGAAACAAUCCUGCCUACGCCUCCCAAAUGCUGGGAUUAUAGGCAAGGGACACCAUGCCAGGCAAUCUCAACAGUCAAUUUCGCAUGCUGUGCCAGCAAGGGACUUCAACAAGAUUCCAGGAUGAAGGGGGAUCCUUUCCCUCCCCACGUCUUAUUUUUCCACAGAUCCGGUCUCUGCAGCUGUGAAGAAGGCAGGCUCUUAGGCCCUGCUUUGCUCAGGUGGGUCAAAUUCCUGUCCCCAGUUUCCCGUUCAAUAAGUGUCCCGACCCUUUUCCUCGGAAGAAGGAAUAGGUUCUGACCUGUAUUGUUCCAUAAACCGAACACACCUUUGAAAUUAGCCUGCAGUCAGGGCCACGCAACACUGCACUGUCCACUAAAGCGGGGAGCAGGAGAGUUCACGUGACCAAGCACACCUGCCUGAGCUGGAGUUGGCUUUCUGCUGGUGAACCCUCUUUCUGUCAAAACAAGCCCUCGGGCGGGCGGCCUGCUGUGCACCCUAGCCUGGUAGGUAACACUUAAGGAAGACUGAGUCUGUACUGCUAAGCCAUCUGGGAGGACCUAUGGGGCGCAGGCGCCCCCUCCCGAGCCCCGCCCUCCUCCUUCCUGGUUCCCUCCUUCAUCCUCCCUCACCUUCGCCUCCUCCUCCGAGUAGGAGCCUCUAACCAGUUCUCUUGCCCUCCCUCCUCCCCUUCCCCAACCUCGCUCCUCCUUCCUCCUGCGACCCCGCCCCUCCCCCCUCCGCCCGGCUGCUUCGCCGGGCGGCGGUGCGCAGGCGCGGAGCCGAGUCCCGCUGGGCCGCAGCCGGUGGCCGGCUCGCCGUGGGCCCGUACCCGGCUCUCCACACUCGGUUCCUCUCGCUCUGCGGAGACUGGAGGACGAACCCCGUGGAGCUGUGGCGGCAGGAUGGCGCAGACCGCCAUGUCCGAGACUUACGAUUUCUUGUUUAAGUUCUUGGUCAUUGGAAAUGCGGGAACUGGCAAAUCCUGCUUGCUCCAUCAGUUCAUUGAGAAGAAAUUCAAAGAUGACUCAAAUCAUACCAUAGGAGUGGAAUUCGGCUCAAAGAUAAUAAAUGUUGGUGGUAAAUAUGUGAAGUUACAGAUAUGGGACACGGCUGGACAGGAGCGGUUCAGGUCUGUGACGAGAAGCUACUACAGAGGUGCGGCUGGGGCACUCCUCGUCUAUGACAUCACCAGAUGCCAGAAUGCUGGCGAGCCAGAACAUCGUCAUCAUUCUCUGCGGGAACAAGAAGGACCUGGAUGCCGACCGGGAAGUCACCUUCCUUGAAGCCUCCAGGUUCGCACAAGAGAAUGGCAAGUGACUUUUUCCUCUUAAAGAGUCUCUCAGAGUGGUCUGGGCACAGCGACAGUGGGUGGAUGGGGCUUAAACCAUCGGUGGGGUUUGAGAUUAAAUUGUUUCAUGAAACUGGGGUCUCCACUGUCAACUCCGGCUGGUUCAGCACACCUUAGUCUGUCCCACUUGCUGACACAGGUCAACAGGCCGAGGGAAGCAAGGUAUUUACUCUCUGUGGGGCCUUUGUGUCUCUGGUUUGUUAGCUGUCUUAGGGCAGCACGUUUGUUAAUGUAACUUUUGAAGUGUAACUGGUAAAGCGUCAUCUACAUAGAAAGGAAGCAGAAGAAACAACCAGCCGGCUUCACUUUCUUUCUUUCUUUUUUUUUCUUGGAGCGGAGGAUCGAACCCAGCUGGUAGGCAAAUGCUCUACCACUGAGCUACUUUCUUACAUUAACUCAUUCAUUCAAUGGUAACAAACUUCUAUCUUGCUUGUUUUUGUUUUGUUUUGAGACAGUCUUUUUAUGUAGUUUUGGCUGUCCUGGAGCUCCCUCUGUAGACCAAGCUGAGUAACAAAUUUAUUAAUGUCAAAACUGCAUUGCAAAAGUAGCAGUCGCUUGUAGAAAUAACAGCAUUAUAAACCUUCAGGAAGAGCCUUAAUUCUGAGGGCCAGCUGUGACUACUCCAUCCUUCCGUCCACAUCUGGUUGGAAUCAAGGACGAACGAGAAACCUGCUCUCCCAGCUUGAUGGGUGUUUACUAAGAGCUAAACAUGAGCCAGGCUUGGUGUUUGGGGCCUGUUAUUCUUGUACUUGGGAGGCAGAAGUAGGAGGUUUACUGAAAGCUUGAAGGUAGCCAGGGCUAUACAGUGAAACUGUUUCAAAAAGGGGGUGGGGAGGAAAGAAAAAGGAAAGAGAACUAGUUAUGUCUUACACAGGAGAUUUGUGUUCCCAACCUUCCUAAUGUUGGCCCUGUAAUACAUUACAGUUCAUCAUGCUGUGGUGACCUGGCCAGAAAAAAUAUUUUUGUUGAUAAAUCACAACUAUAAAUUUGCUACUGUUAGCAAUCUUAGGCAACCCUUAUGAAAAUCAUUCAACCCCUAGGGUCACGACCCACAGGUUGAGAGCCUUGUGUUAGCAUUAGUUGUUUGUAUGGUUUUGAUUUUUUUUUUUUUUUUUUUUUUUGGUUCUUUUUUUUUCGGAGCUGGGGACCGAACCCAGGGCCUUGCGCUUCCUAGGUAAGCGCUCUACCACUGAGCUAAAUCCCCAGCCCCUGGUUUUGAUUUUUUUUUUAACUGUGAAAGAUGUUUUUAUAUACAUUUACAUACAUUACAUACAUUUCACUGGUUUUUACAAUCUGGGCAACAUGAGAGAGCCUGUUUUACUGUGUCUUAGUAUGUUCAGCAAUUGUAUUUUUGUCCAGUCACAUACCGGAGGAUGCUAUUUCAGUUUGGUUUUGAAUUUGGAUCAUUGAAAGUUUGAAUCUAUUUCCAUGUGUUAAUUCUCCAUUUGAAACUUCACUUUGAUGAACCAUUCUUUGCUCAAUUUUCUUUUAUGUUUGAUUAUCUACAGAGUUUUUUUAAUCUUUAAUCUUCCUUUUUUUUUUGGAUAUUUUUUAUUUACAUUUUAUAUGAGUACACUGUAGCUGUCUUCAGACACAUCAGAAGAGGGCAUCAGAUGGUUGUGAGCCACCAUGUGGGUGCUGGGAAUUGAACUCAGGACCUCUGGAAGAGCAGUCAGUGCUCUUAACCACUGAGCCAUCUCUCCAGCCCUUUAUUUACAUUUUAAAUGUUAUUCCCUUUCCCGGUUUCCCCGGCCAUAAACCUCCUAGGAUCCCAUCCCCCUCCCCUUCUUCUGUGAGGACGUUUCCCCCUCCCCAUCCCACCCCCCUUGGUUUUGAUUUGAUUUGGUGUAGCCUUGGCUGUCCUGGAACUCGAUCCUUAGACCAGUCUGGUCUCACAUCCACCUGCCUCCGCCUCCCAAGUGCUGAGAUUAAAGGUGUGUGCCACCACCCCACCUCCACCCUGCCACCUCUGCUCCCCCACCCCUGGCAUUUUAGAGCUAUUUAGAAAGCAAGAGCUGUUUAGCAUGAUCAGGAAAGUUGUCCAUUAGUACUGACCCAUUAGUACAGGCUAAUGGCUGCGGUGCACCUGACAACAGGAGCGGGCUUUCCGCUGCUUUCCCCUCUCUGCAUCCAAGAGCAUGAAUCCAAGUAGUACAGCAGCGCUAGAUGGAUAAGUGCACUCGUUCUUGCAAAGGACUCGAGUUCAAUUCCCAGCUUACCACCUCCUUGGGCACCAGAUACCCAUGUGGUGCAUAAGCAUCCAUUCAGGCAAAACACUCACCAAAAAAAAAAAUAAUAAAAAUAAAUCAAACUGCCCAACCUCCCCAAUUAGUAUUAAUGAUUAGUAUCGAUUAGAGGAGAGCUAAAUUAGUAAAAAUUGUGCCCAAAUGCACACAUUUUCGAAGGGAAUGUAAAUGGCUUUUCUUGGACAACGGGGCUGUGUCUGGCUGGGAUGGACCUGCUCAUAUGUAUGCCGUGCAGUGAUUUAUCAGCACGCAGAUCACUCAGAGGAGAAAGUCAGGCUCUAAGUCUCGACUUCAGCCAGCCAGCCCCCACUCUGGUAGCGACUGACACAGUUCUGUGUGCUUCCUCCAUCCUGUCUAUUCAGGGGUCAGGGCACAGUGGCCAUUCCUCAGCAAGCGUUGGGCUCCCAUAACACAUCAACAUACCUGGAUAUGGUGGAACCUGAUCCCAGCACUUGGAGGCAGGGGCAAGAGGGUCAAGAGUUCAAGACCAGCCUCAGCUAUGUGAACCUUCUCUCAUAAAAACAGACAACAAAAAUACAUAUUUAUUUGUAUUGAUUUUAUAGUUAUAGAAAGAGAAGAUUUAGGUACUGGAUUUUGCAUGUAACUACCUAAGAAUCCUGAAUAGGCUGUCAUCAGUUGAAAGUCUCUGUCAUUGGGCCAGAGGACCCGCGUUCCAUCCCUGUGGUCUACACAGUGGAAGGAAGAAAAGUCUGACCUGUGACCAACUGUCCUCUGACCAACGCACGCGCACCAUAGCAUGCACUCCCUCCAAAAUGAACGAGAAACUGUAAUGAGACUCUAGAAAUCACUCUCUCCCAAUCUCUUCUAAAUGUGGCUCCCUCUCUCUUUAAUAACAUUUGCAGAGCUCAUGUUCCUGGAAACCAGUGCACUGACUGGCGAGAACGUCGAAGAGGCUUUCAUGCAGUGCGCAAGGAAGAUACUUAACAAAA